AUGGCGGCGUCCGUGGAGCACGAUUCCCCAGCCGAGGCCGCUGGGCCGGCCGUGGAGGAGGAGGAGGGAACGCAGACGUUUAAAGACCUGGGCGUGACGGACGUCCUGUGUGAAGCCUGCGACCAGCUGGGAUGGACGAAGCCCACCAAGAUCCAGGUGGAAGCCAUCCCCUUGGCGUUGCAAGGCCGGGACAUCAUUGGCUUGGCCGAGACGGGCUCGGGGAAGACGGGCGCCUUCGCAUUGCCCAUCCUGAACGCGCUGCUGGAGACGCCACGGCGCCUGUUCGCCCUGGUGCUCACCCCCACACGGGAGCUGGCCUUCCAGAUAGCAGAGCAGUUCGAGGCCCUGGGCUCUUCCAUCGGGGUGCAAUGUGCAGUGAUCGUGGGCGGGAUCGACUCCAUGGCCCAGUCCCUGGCCUUGGCGAAGAAGCCACACGUGGUCAUUGCCACUCCCGGCCGCCUGAUUGACCACCUGGAAAACACGAAGGGCUUCAACCUGAGGGCGCUCAAGUACCUGGUGAUGGACGAGGCGGACCGGAUAUUAAACAUGGACUUCGAGACCGAGGUGGACAAGAUCCUCAAGGUGAUCCCCCGGGACCGGAGGACCUUCCUCUUCUCGGCCACCAUGACCAAGAAGGUGCAGAAGCUGCAGCGAGCGGCGCUGAAGAACCCGGUGAGGUGCGCGGUCUCCUCCAAGUACCACACGGUGGAGAAGCUGCAGCAGUUCUACCUGUUCAUCCCCUCCAAGUUCAAGGACACCUACCUGGUUUACGUCCUCAACGAGCUGGCGGGCAACUCGUUCAUGAUCUUCUGCAGCACCUGCAACAACACGCAGAGAACGGCGCUGCUCCUGCGCAACCUGGGCUUCACCGCCAUCCCGCUGCACGGCCAGAUGAGCCAGACCAAGCGCCUAGGGUCCCUCAAUAAGUUCAAGGCCAAGGCCCGCUCCAUCCUGCUCGCCACCGACGUGGCCAGCAGGGGUCUGGACAUUCCUCACGUGGACGUGGUCGUCAACUUUGACAUCCCCACCCACUCCAAGGAUUACAUCCAUCGCGUUGGCCGGACAGCCCGAGCGGGGCGCUCGGGAAAAGCCAUCACCUUCGUCACGCAGUAUGACGUGGAGCUCUUCCAGCGCAUCGAGCACCUGAUCGGCAAGAAGCUGCCCGCCUUCCCCACGCAGGACGAGGAGGUGAUGGUGCUGGCGGAGCGCGUGACCGAGGCGCAGCGGUUCGCCAGGAUGGAGCUGAGAGAACACGGGGAGAAGAAGAAGCGGGCCCGGGAGGAGGCCGGCGACAACGACGACACGGAGGCCGCCAUGGGCGUGAGGAACAAGGUGGCGGGAGGGAAGAUGAAGAAGCGGAAGGGCCGCUAGGCUCCGCCGGAUUCCGCAGCUGCUCUGUGCAAGGACUGGGCCUCAGCGGGCCCCCAGCCCGAUCUGUCGGGACCCAUUGGACUCGUCCCGGCACUGCCCGGGUGCCCGCCCCGGUGCCCGUGCUGCGGGCCCGAGGUGGCGGCCGGCUGUGUCGGUGCCCAUAGCCCAACCCGCCUCUCGGGCCCGGGCUCCCCGGCCCAGUGCGCCGCCCGGCCGAGGAACGCGGGGCGAGCUCAGCUCCCAGCCUCCCUGGGCCUCCAGGGUCGUGCGGGGCAAUAAAUCCCAGCCGCCGUCUCCACA